AAUUACUAUAAAAUUACUCUUUUGAGAGCUCAAAACUAUAAGAGGUUCUCUUUAGUUAAUUGUGAAAGAUAGGGGAUCAAUGGAGUUUCUCCACCCCUGACCUCCUGCCAGUACUGUUGGAAUUCCUUUAACGAUUAAAGCACAAAUAAUAGAGAGACUCAUCUCUUGUGUUCUAUGAGUACUGAAAAAGCAAUGGCUGAAAAAGGUGUGAAUAACUUGGGCAAGGAAGUUGUCGGAAAUUGUCAAGGCCGUGUCGUCGGUGACUUCCCUCCAAGUCUAUGGGGUGAUUUGUUCCUCAGAUACACCCCUGAUGAUCAGCUCAUGCAAGAAUAUUCAAAAGAGAUUGAAGUGCUGAAGGGUAAAGUCAAGAGUAUGCUAACAACAUCUCCCACGAGUUGCAACAACAUUGUCGAAACCAUGGAGCUAAUUGAUACAAUCGAACGCCUAUGCUUGUCCUACCACUUUGAAGACGAGAUUAAAGACAAGUUGGAAAAAUAUUUCAAUCUUGAUGUUGAUUAUAAGAAUGAAGCCUACGAUCUCCACACCGUAGCACUUCACUUUCGAUUAUUCAGAGCGCAUGGCUAUCAUAUGUCGCCGGAUGUGUUUAGUAAAUUCAAGGAUGAUAAAGGGAGUUUCCAAGAAGCCCUAAAGAGUAAGGCAAGAGGUUUGUUAAGCCUAUAUGAAGCAGCUCAUCUACGGAUACACGGAGAAGACAUCCUUGACGAGGCUCUGAUUUUUGCAACCUCAAAUCUCAAGUCUGCAACACAAAUUAUCGAUUCACCCCUUAAAGAAGAAGUUGAGCAUGCUCUAGUGCAGCCAUUGCAUUUGAGCAUUCCAAGAGUUGAUGCGCGAAAGUUUAUCUCAAUUUAUGAAAAACGGAAACAACACUAUAACAUCCUUCUUAGAUUCGCCAAGUUGGACUAUAAUUUAUUGCAGCAUCUUCACAAGAAAGAGCUCUACGAAAUCUCAAGGUGGUGGAAAGAAUUGGAUGUUCCAUCGACAAUUCCAUAUGCUAGAGAUAGAGUAGUUGAGUGUUACUUUUUUUCGAUGGGGACAUAUCAUGAACCUCAAUAUUCUCAUUGCCGAGUUUUACUCACCAAAGUCAUUGCAACAUUAUCCAUACUCGAUGACACAUAUGAUUCUUAUGGUACAACUGAAGAACUUAAUGUUAUUACAGAUGCUAUUCAAAGGUGGGAUAUUACCCAGAUCGAUCAUGUCCCGGAGUAUUUUAAAUCGUUCUACAAAGCGCUUUUGGAACUCUACGAAAAAUUUGGAGAAGAAUUGGGAGCGAGAGGGCAAUCUUAUGCAAUAACCUAUGCCAAAGAAACUCUUAAAGAAUUGGUGAGAUGCUACAAUGUUGAGGCAAAAUGGUUCAAUGCACGGUGCUUGCCACCAUUUGAUCGAUAUCUAAGUAAUGCUAUAGUUACAUCAGGCAACUAUUACCUUGUAGUUGCAUCAUUGUUUGGAACAAAAUUUGCAACUAAAGAAAACUACGAAUGGUUGAUGACGAAACCUAAGGUACUAGUAGCAAGUUGCAUCAUUGCUCGUGUUGUUGAUGAUGCAGCUACAUACGAGGUUGAAAGAGAUAUGAGAGGCCACAAAGCUACUGGCAUUGGAUGUUAUACAGAAGACAAAGAAGUUUCAGUCGAAGAAGCCAUAGAUAAGUUCUAUGAGAUGGCUAAAGAUGCAUGGAAGGAUAUAAAUGAAGAGCUUCUCAAACCAUCAAAACACUUGAGGGAUGUUCUUAUACGAAUCUUGAAUUUGACGCGAGUAGUACAAGUUGUUUACAAUGGUACCCAAGAUGGAUACACACAUCCAACAAGAGUUUUAGCACCACAUAUCAAGUCGUUGCUCGUGAAUCCCAUCAUAAUUUAAGAUUUCUUGUCAUCUUAAUAAGAUUAUACAGAUGUUUGUGUGUGAAUAAGAAUCUAGGAAUGCUCAUGUAUUUGUCAUAUGUAGGUUUUUUGUUGUUUGUGAUUAAUAUUUUGUUUUGCUAUUGUUUCUCGAUGUUUUUCCCUAUUCCCCGUCUUUGAAAAUAAUCACGGAAAAUUUACAAACUCCAGAUAUCCUACCACCACUUAAAA